AGCUGACGAUAGGGAAUUUUCUGAAUUGAAAGAAGAAAAAUGGGCAGCAGCGGAUAUACUUGUAUAAGACGAACAUUUUGCUGUCUAAAUGUUUUAGUCAUGCUAUGCGGAGGUAUUUUCCUAGGAAUGGGAUUAUGGCUUCAUUUAUCAUAUCAGGGCUAUGCGACUCUAUAUCCAAGUCAUUUGGGAUUAUCGGCUGAUUCUCUCUUCAUUCUUAUCGGUGGUCUAAGCAUCGUAAUCUCAUUUUUUGGCUGUUGCGGUUCAUUCUUCGAGUCACGAUGCUGCUUGAUAAUUUACUUCUCACUCAUUAUUGUUCUAUUUUUGAGUGAAUUCAUUGUCGGUGCCUUAGUGUUCGUUUUUCGUAGUGGCAUUGCUCGUGCAGUUACCAUGGAUAUUAAAGACGGUAUUGUGAAACACUACAAUGCAACAGAUCGUGGCGGUAUGUUCUCACCAUCAGUUUCAUCAAUAUGGGAUCGAAUGCAAAUGGAACUGCAAUGCUGCGGUGUUAAUUCAUAUGAGGAUUGGUAUCAUAUCGAGCACUGGGAAAGAGAGAAAUGGGUACCAAAAUCAUGCUGUCGUACGCGUCACACAUUAUCACCAGAACUUUUUGAGGGAUCGGGAUAUGAUGUCGAUGAUGAUUGCCGAAAAAAACAAAGACCAGAAUUGUGGUGGAGUCAAGGCUGUUCAAAAGCCAUUCAAAUGCUUUUAAUACAGAAAUUGCACGUUGUGGGAAUUGUGGCGAUUGUUAUAGCAUUCUUCCAGCUAUUUGGUUUGAUAAUCAGCAUGUUGCUGUUCUGUACGAUAAAACAUAAGAGGAAAUCUGACACGUACAAGUCAUAUUCACCAACAAUUGACUCCUCAGGACUACGACAAUCAUAUCUUGACGAUUAGACUCGCCAUUAAAUUAACUUUAAUGACGUAUUUGUGUGCCCAAAGAAAAUUUUCAUCCACUUUCAUGUUCUUUUUAUUCUUUAUUUUACUGUCCCUACUCUCUCCUCUUCUUCUGUCUGUUCAUGUAUUGUGCUUAUCUACGCAACAUACUGAUUUCAUUCUUCCUGAUAAUAAUGAAAUUUGUGCCAAUGAUAUAAUCUGUAAUUUUAAUUAAAGAAAACUGCAUAAGUAGGUAUUAAAUAUGUUUAAAUGGUCAAAAAAAAAAAUUCAAGAAAAUUAGUUGUUAAGUUAAAUUUGAGAUGUGAGUGCAUUACGUGCUUUGCAGUAUGUACGCAAUAUAUUAAUAACUUCCGCAUAAGAGGGAAAAAAAAGCAUCUAACAUAAUGAUAUUUUGAUCAUCUCUAGUGUUCAUUAGUCUGAAAAUGUAUUUUUUUUCUCAUAUACACUACAACAUUAUGCUGCAAAGAGAGAAGAAUUCUUAUUGAUGAUAAUUGAAAACAUUCCGAUUGAUUUUCAUUGAAAAUGAUGAAAAUUUUGUUAGAAUAGAUUUAAAAUUUGAAGAAUUAUGUUUAGUAGCUAAAUGUUUAGAUUUUAGGGAGUCGAUCAUAAAUGACGUUCAACAAUCUGUUGCUGGAUGGAGUUUUUAACAACCUACAUUCCAAAAACGAGUGUAAAUUGGGCUUGAAAAUCAACUCACAAGUCAAAACUUUCUUUUUAAGUAGAUGUCACUUAUGAACGACCCUUAAAGAUGUUAUAGAUGAUUUGUUGUUAAAAAUAGACCGAUUGGAUUUGCUGUAUUUCUAAAGUAUGUUGUGUAAAGCUUACUAAAGAGGCUAGAGAUCUGAACUUUUAGGUUAUGACCACAACAGUUUAAUUGACAAUUUUAGAUCUCAAAAUUAAACUUUUCAUUCUUUUCACAACCGGAUUUUAAAGACAUGUCUUCGAUAUUCCUUGCCAUAAUCAAAAAGUUUACAAUUUCCAAUCUGAAACUUCAUUAAUUUUCAUUAGACGUGCGAAACCAUCCACUCUAUACUCGGUUAUGCAUCAUAACUUCUAAGAUGUCUAGACUCUCAAAUCUCUUUUAAUAAAAUCAAUCUUUGCUGUAUCAAAAGUUGUUCUACUUUAGAAAUUGACAACCUAAAGCAUUGCUAGUCAUGACUCGAAGAAACUAAAACGGUCAUUUU